GUAAGGGAAAAAUGUAGAAUUCACAGGGUGACAAGGGUGCCUAGCAUGGGUGCUUGGAGCAUAAUUUCCUUUCAGAAAUAUUAGAUUCUUUCACUUACUCUUCUCCCUGUCCCCAAGCACCCUCGCCUUCCACCUCCCUUUUCUCGGAUUCUUCAGGACCCUAGGCUCCCUUCCCCCAUCGUUGCGGCCACAGCCCCUCUCAGCCUCGGGUUAUUCAGGGUAUUUCCCGGUGGCUGGAGGCUCUACCCCCGCCCUUUCGCAGCAGGGCUGAGGCGCGCGCUUGCGCGGGGUCCGGGAAAGCGGCGCGUGCCAGGAGACAGAGGCUGGGGAAGGGGGGAGGUGAGAAGAGAGAGGGUGGAAGGAGAGGAGAGAACAGCGGCGAACCGGGAACGGCACGGAGAGAAGGGAGAAGGGCUCGGGGAGAGAGGAGAGAGGGAGGGGUGGGUAAGGAGGAGAGACAGCGAUCCGCUGCGUACCCCAGGAGGAAAGUCGAACUGGAACCGGAGCCCUAGCUGGAGCCGGGCUCUGGGAGGCGGCCGCCGGACCCGUCAGCCCUGCAUGAUGCGUCUCCGGCUCUUCUGCAUCCUGCUCGCCGCGGUCUCAGGAGCCCGGGGAUGGGGCUACUACGGCUGUGACGAGGAGCUGGUCGGGCCCCUGUACGCUCGCUCCCUGGGCGCCUCCUCCUACUAUGGGCUCUUCACUGCACCGCGCUUUGCCCGGCUGCACGGCAUAAGCGGGUGGUCUCCCCGGAUUGGGGACCCGAAUCCCUGGCUCCAGAUCGACCUCAUGAAGAAGCACCGGAUCCGAGCUGUGGCCACGCAGGGCUCCUUUAACUCUUGGGACUGGGUCACACGGUACAUGCUGCUCUACGGUGACCGAGUGGACAGCUGGACACCGUUCUAUCAGCAAGGGCACAACUCGACCUUCUUCGGUAACGUGAACGAGUCGGGGGUGGUUCGCCACGACCUGCACUUCCACUUCACCGCGCGCUACAUCCGCAUUGUGCCCUUGGCCUGGAACCCGCGCGGCAAGAUCGGCCUGAGGCUCGGCAUCUACGGCUGCCCUUACAAGUCCGACGUGCUCUAUUUCGACGGCGAUGAUGCCAUCUCCUACCGCUUCCCGCGAGGGGUCAGCCGGAGUCUGUGGGACGUGUUCGCCUUCAGCUUCAAGACGGAAGAGAAGGACGGGCUCCUGUUGCACGCCGAGGGCGCCCAGGGCGACUACGUGACACUCGAGCUGCAGGGGGCGCAUCUGGUGCUGCACAUGAGCCUGGGCAGCAGCCCCAUCCAGCCAAGGCCGGGUCACACCACUGUGAGCGCUGGCGGCGUCCUCAAUGAUCAGCACUGGCAUUACGUGCGCGUGGACAGAUUUGGUCGAGAUGCAAAUCUCACCCUGGACGGCUACGUGCAUCGCUUCGUGCUCAAUGGGGACUUCGAGAGACUGAACCUGGACAAUGAGAUGUUCAUCGGGGGUCUGGUGGGCGCUGCACAGAAGAACCUUGCCUAUCGGCAUAAUUUCCGAGGCUGCAUAGAAAAUGUAAUCUUCAACCGAGUCAACAUCGCGGACCUGGCUGUGCGGCGCCAUUCGCGGAUCACCUUCGAGGGUAAGGUGGCGUUCCGUUGCCUGGACCCGGUUCCUCACCCCAUCAACUUCGGAGGGCCUCACAAUUUCGUGCAAGUGCCUGGCUUCCCCCGCCGCGGACGCCUCGCUGUCUCUUUCCGCUUCCGCACCUGGGAUCUCACCGGGCUGCUACUUUUCUCCAGCCUGGGGGACGGGCUGGGCCACGUGGAGCUGAUACUCAGUGAAGGGCAGGUCAACGUGUCCAUCGUGCAGACCGGCAGAAAGAAGCUUCAGUUCGCUGCUGGGUACCGCCUGAAUGAUGGCUUUUGGCAUGAGGUGAAUUUUGUGGCACAGGAAAACCAUGCAGUCAUCAGCAUUGAUGAUGUGGAGGGAGCAGAGGUCAGGGUCUCAUACCCACUGCUGAUUCGUACAGGAACCUCAUACUUCUUUGGAGGUUGUCCCAAGCCAGCCAGUCGAUGGGGCUGCCACUCCAACCAGACGGCUUUCCAUGGCUGCAUGGAGCUGCUCAAGGUGGAUGGUCAACUGGUCAACCUGACUCUGGUGGAGUUCCGGCGGCUUGGAUACUAUGCUGAGGUCCUCUUUGACACAUGUGGCAUCACUGAUAGGUGCAGCCCGAACAUGUGUGAGCAUGAUGGACGCUGCUACCAGUCUUGGGAUGACUUCAUCUGCUACUGUGAACUGACAGGCUACAAGGGGGAGACCUGCCACCAACCUUUGUAUAAGGAAUCCUGUGAGGCUUAUCGGCUCAGUGGGAAAACGUCUGGAAACUUCACCAUUGAUCCUGAUGGCAGUGGCCCCCUGAAGCCAUUUGUAGUGUACUGUGAUAUCCGAGAGAACCGGGCGUGGACAGUUGUGCGGCAUGACAGGCUGUGGACCACUCGGGUGACAGGGUCUAGCAUGGAGCGGCCAUUCCUUGGGGCUGUCCAGUACUGGAAUGCAUCCUGGGAGGAAGUCAGUGCCCUGGCCAACGCUUCCCAACACUGUGAGCAAUGGAUUGAGUUCUCCUGCUACAAUUCCCGGCUCCUCAACACUGCAGGAGGCUAUCCCUACAGCUUUUGGAUUGGCCGAAACGAGGAGCAGCACUUCUACUGGGGCGGCUCGCAGCCCGGGAUCCAGCGCUGCGCCUGUGGUCUGGACCGGAGCUGUGUGGACCCCGCUCUGCAUUGUAACUGUGAUGCCGACCAGCCCCAGUGGAGAACCGACAGGGGCCUGCUGACCUUUGUGGACCAUUUGCCUGUCACUCAGGUGGUGGUGGGGGACACGAACCGUUCCAGUUCUGAGGCCCAGUUCUUCCUGAGGCCUCUGCGCUGCUAUGGCGAUCGCAAUUCCUGGAACACCAUCUCCUUCCACACUGGGGCUGCGCUGCGCUUCCCCCCGAUCCGGGCCAACCACAGCCUUGAUGUCUCCUUCUACUUCAGGACCUCGGCUCCCUCAGGAGUCUUCCUAGAGAAUAUGGGGGGCCCUCACUGCCAGUGGCGCCGACCUUACGUGCGGGUGGAACUCAAUACAUCCCGGGAUGUGGUCUUCGCCUUUGAUGUGGGGAAUGGGGAUGAGAACCUGACCGUGCACUCGGAUGACUUUGAGUUCAACGAUGACGAGUGGCACCUGGUCCGGGCUGAAAUCAACGUGAAGCAGGCCCGGCUCCGUGUGGAUCACCGGCCCUGGGUGCUGCGGCCGAUGCCCCUGCAGACCUACAUCUGGCUGGAGUAUGACCGGCCCCUCUAUGUUGGAUCUGCGGAGCUUAAGAGGCGGCCCUUCAUAGGUUGCUUGAGGGCCAUGCGUCUGAAUGGAGUGACCCUGAACCUGGAGGGCCGUGCCAAUGCCUCUGAGGGUACCUCGCCCAACUGCACGGGCCACUGUGCCCACCCUCGCUUCCCCUGUUUCCACGGAGGCCGCUGCGUGGAGCGCUACAGCUACUAUACCUGUGACUGUGAACUCACGGCUUUCGAUGGGCCAUAUUGCAACCACGAUAUUGGCGGCUUCUUUGAGCCCGGCACCUGGAUGCGCUAUAACCUCCAGUCGGCGCUGCGCUCUGCAGCCCGGGAGUUCUCCCACAUGCUGAGCCGUCCGGUGCCUGGCUACGAGCCUGGCUAUAUCCCUGGCUAUGACACUCCCGGCUACGUGCCUGGCUACCACGGCCCAGGGUACCGUCUGCCUGACUACCCUCGGCCUGGCCGGCCGGUGCCGGGCUACCGUGGGCCUGUCUACAAUGUGACUGGAGAAGAGGUGUCCUUCAGCUUCAGCACCCACUCCGCCCCUGCCGUCCUGCUCUACGUCAGCUCCUUUGUGCGUGACUACAUGGCCGUGCUCAUCAAGGAAGACGGGACACUGCAGCUGCGCUAUCAGCUGGGGACCAGCCCCUACGUGUACCAACUAACCACCCGCCCUGUCACUGACGGCCAGCCCCACAGCGUCAACAUCACCCGGGUCUACCGCAACCUCUUCAUCCAGGUGGACUACUUCCCCCUGACAGAACAGAAGUUCUCACUGUUGGUGGACAGCCAGCUGGACUCCCCCAAGGCCUUGUAUCUGGGGCGAGUGAUGGAGACGGGAGUGAUUGACCCGGAGAUCCAGCGCUACAACACACCAGGUUUCUCAGGCUGCCUAUCUGGUGUUCGAUUCAAUAACGUGGCUCCCCUCAAGACCCACUUCCGAACACCUCGACCCAUGACCGCAGAGCUGGCUGAGGCCCUUCGAGUUCAGGGAGAACUGUCUGAGUCUAACUGCGGAGCUAUGCCCCGUCUGGUCUCAGAGGUGCCACCUGAGCUGGACCCCUGGUAUCUGCCCCCAGACUUCCCGUACUACCAUGACGACGGAUGGGUCGCCAUACUUCUGGGAUUUUUGGUGGCCUUUCUGCUGCUGGGGCUGGUGGGAAUGCUGGUGCUCUUCUAUCUGCAAAAUCAUCGUUACAAGGGCUCCUACCACACCAAUGAGCCCAAGGCCACUCACGAUUACCACCCCGGCAGCAAACCUCCCCUACCUACUUCAGGCCCGGCCGCUGCCCCGGCCCCGGGCCCGGCCCCGGCCCCGGCCCCAACACCAGCUUCCGCCCCAGCCCCAGCCCCAGCCCCAGCCCCUGGCCCCCGGGAUCAAAACCUACCCCAGAUCCUGGAGGAGUCCAGGUCUGAAUGAAUCAGAAGGGCUUUCCAUCUCCUCCGUGUUCCCCAAUUCCUGCCUCUACCCCCACCCUGUCAGGGACAUUUGGCUCCUCUUAGCUGGCUCUGCUCAUCCAGAGGAUUUCCCUCCUGCCAAGCUCAGUGGCAGAGCUACAGAUGGGACCAAAGGGAGUAGCCGAGCCUCACUGCCUAAACCAAUGCCCUGCCCAUCCCCGUUUCCCCAGGCUCCUGGUCAUUUGCCUGCCCCAAAGAAGCCUCAGGGGGUUGAGACAGGUCCUUCCUGCCAUCCCUGUCCCAGCUGCUGCCAGGGAUUAACCACAGAGUGCAGGGGGGAUUAACUGCCUCCCUUCAAAUGUCCAGUCUCAGCAGGGAGAGACGUGUGGGGUUGUGGGAAUGCAUGGGGUGAGGGGGGAGGAGGCUGCUAAAUCUUAUCCCCCAGCCUCCCUCCUGCCCUGCAGAACAUCUCCCAUCUGCUCCCACUCAGUGGGGGGCUAGGGAGGGUUUCAUUCCUGUCUCCCAUCUCCUCACUUUUUUUGUUUUCUACAGAGACUGAGAGGCCUCAGUUUAGCACCUUAGUACCUCCGCUGCUUCACAUGCUUUAGCCAAAGCCAUAAAAAACUUGCAAUGUAGAGAGAAUAAUGCAGAUACACUGACUAGCCAGCCCUCUACUCUUCCUCCCUCUUCCAAGAUAUGCAAUAGCCUUGGUGCCUGUCCAAAGGCUUGGCCCCCUCUCUCCAAUGCAUGAGGAGCCCUCUUUCCUCCGCUCAGAGAUGCUGCUUCGUUUGCCCAGGAGGUCGUAUUCUUUAUAUAUAUUUUUUGUUGCAAAGUCUCUCUCUAGAGAAACUCUAUAUAUUACUCAAAUUUUUAAAAUUAUCAGUUUAUAUAUAAAAGAAGAAAUCAAUUGACUGUCCUGUCCUGUCCUGUGCUGUGCCCACGGUCUGUAGUGUGCUUCUCCUGCGUUGGAAGUCUCAUGAGGUCUGCUGGUCACUUACCCACAUCUGGUCCAGCCUCCACUCUGAAGCUGUGCUCUCAGACUUGGAGCUGUUCUAAUAAAGCAGAGUGACAGAGCCCCAGUUUUUGUGUGGUAGCUGCGUCGUGGCUGGGGGAUAAGCAGGAUGAUUUUUUUUUUUUUGGCCACACUUGAGGCAUGCACAAGUUUUGGGGCACAGGGAUUGAACCUGAGCCAGAACAGUGACAACACCAGGCCCUUAACCCACUGAGCCACUAGGGAACUCUAAGAUUUUACAGGAACUAACCUGAGGGCUCAAGAAUCUGUAUGGGGAGUGCUCAGAAUCCUUGCAUCACCUACUAGGAGUCUGCUUGGUUCUAGCCACCCCCCUACCCCCAAUCUCCCCCAACCCCAGGUCUCAGUGGACAAGUGGGAUCAGAAUGCUGAAGCUUCAGCCUGAGCUGCCCCUGCACUGCCAUCCCUGAGUCCUUACCGGGAUCCAUCCUGGGACCCAAAGCACACAGUACACAACUUAGCAAAAUGGAUUCUACCAUUUUAUUCAGAUAAGAGGUCACAAGCCACAGGACUUUAAAGUGCGUGAAAUCCACUGGCAAUAAAGUCGCACAUAUGCCAGCCUCCCCCCACGUCCCACCACCUUGCUCCAUCCAUCAUUACAUGUCCGGGGGGGAGGGGUUGAGACCCGUCAUUUAAAGGUGAGGGGUGGCAGGGGAAAGGGAUGGGAAUGCUGGAGGAACAGGAGUCUUAGUGGUCUGAUGCUGGGGAACGAGGGGAUCAGCCGCAGUGACUCUGCACACCGAGGGAAGGGUGGGCUCAGCUGAGCCUCUCAAAGGCUGGAAGUAAUUUUUUUCCCCACCUACUCCUCACAACCAGCCCCUAGCACUUCAGACAGUCCUAACUCCUCCUCCUUCAUCUGUCUCUGGUUUUUCUCUAUAAUUUAUGAGUAAUUCAGAUCCCACAGUCCAGCCAGCGUGUGUCUCCAGUACACAGUGCAUACAAACCACAGCAGACGUAGAGUUCAGACUCAUGGCGGGGCUGGCCCCAUCAGGUGGG